AUGGAACCCGUGACACACACUGUUAACCCGGGAGGUGAAGGGACAUUCAACUCGGUCACCGAUGCCCUGAAUGCGGCCAUUGCUGGCGACACCGUUACUGUCAAACCAGGGCUGUACGAGGAAUUGCUGAAGGUGUCAAAGGAGGUUACACUCACCGCAGUACCGGAUGAUUCCCUGGCGGAAAGUGAGGCUGUAAUUACGAAUGGUGUUGUUAUAGCUGCUAAUGUCACUAUGAGAGGGCUGCGAAUUCGCGGCAAGCUAGACGUUCGCAAAGGCCACGCUCUGAUUGAAGACUGUGACAUUCAUGAUGGCCCGGAUGGGGUUCGUGUGGGGGAAGGCGCCAAACUCACCAUUCGACGUUCCCGUGUACAUCACUGUGAAUCCGGCGGGGACGGGAUAUAUUUCUCCCCCGGCUCCUCAGGCGAGGUGGUCGACUGCGACAUUUACGAGUGCCGCGUCAAUGGCAUUCACGCCCAUAAUGCAGUUGUUACUGCUGGCAACAACCGUAUUCGUGACGUACUGUUUGGCAUGUACUUCCGUGGGCAGUCGACAGGGGCGAUGGAGAAAAACUCCGUAGAACAUGUGCGAAAGUUCGGCAUUUACGUGACUGAGGGGAGUGACCCGGUGGUUCAAGGGAAUCAGGUACGGGAGUGUGGGAUGCACUGCGCCUUUGUUUCUCAAGGGGGCAAGGGAAUCUGGACGGAGAACAAUUUUGAGGGUUCAAUGCAUGUACACUCUGGUUGCGACGCCAAGUUAGGCUCCAACCAAAUUAGCGGUAAGCUCGAUGUGGACGUCGAGCCUGUCGUGGCCUAG